CACACAUCUCCUGGUGAUGAUGGCGGGCGGUGCCGGUGGCGGUGUCGGUGUCCUGGCGGUGUUAUGGCUGAUGUUGUCCUCGCUGUUUGCUGUGGCUCUGCUCCUGCACCGCUGGGUGUCCCGGGGCCGGGGCCGGGGCCUCGCUGCCGUCUUGUUUCAGGAUAUGAUGUUCUAUGGGAAAAGCAGAGGAUCCCUGGAGCGGCCGCCGUGGCUCCAGCGCCUGGACCUUCCCAAAAGAUGGUUCAUUCAUUUCUAUGUGGUUUCGGUGACCUGGAACGGUCUCCUUCUUGCAAUUCUUUGCCAGAACCUAUUUUGGGGUCAACCUUUCCCGAUGUGGCUCCAAAGGCUGCUCAGUUUUGUUUCUGGAAGUCAAUUACACAUGACGCCUGGAGAUGAGCUGUCUGUUCUACUGGUUCACAUGUUGCUUUGGAUACAUUCUAUUCGACGUCUCACAGAAUGCCUUUUCAUCUCUGUGUUUUCCAAUGUAGUCAUUCAUCCUGUACAAUUCAUUUGGGGUUUAACUUAUUAUGUGCUUGUUGGUUUAACGUUGCAUUGUGAGGGACCCCCUCUAGGAACCAAGGUUUACAAAAUUCAAGAUUUACUGGUGCAGUACCGGUGGUAUCAUGUAGCUGGAUUAACACUGUUUUUUUGGGCAACGGUUCAUCAUCACAAGAGUCACAUUAUACUGGCCAGUCUCCGAAAGAACAAAUUAGGUGAAGUUGUUAACCUGAGUCACAGAGUUCCUCACGGCGACUGGUUUGAACAGGUCUCCUGCCCACACUACCUGGCAGAGCUGCUGAUCUACCUUGCUCUGGCCAUGGUGUUUGGAGGACGACAUCUUACUUGGUGGUCUGUAGUGCUGUAUGUGUUGUCCAGCCAUGCAAUGAUGGCAGUCCAAAGUCAUGAAUUUUAUGUCAACAAAUUUGAGAAUUACCCCAAAAAUCGCAAAGCGUUCAUACCUCUUAUAUUUUAGUUUUGUUUUUCUACAUCUACAUCUUUUUUAUCUGCACAUUUUUAUCUAAAAAAUAAAUUGACAAACAUU